AUGGGCUGGUUCACUCCUGCCAAAUUGGGCGAACGUGAAAACAUGAUCAUGCUUAUGUUCUCUAUUCUUUACACUAUCAAUAUUGCUAUCAGUAAUGUUUCUUUAAAUCUCGUAUCUGUACCUUUCCAUCAAGUUGUUCGUGCUAUGACUCCUGUCUUUACCGUUAUCAUAUCUAUUAUGUUUCUUAAGAAAACUUAUCCCGCUAAGAUCUACUAUUCUUUAUUACCAGUCGUUUUUGGUGUAGCCUUUGCCACUUCCGAUGAAUACUCAUUUACUUACAUGGGCUUCUUCCUCACUGUUUUGGGUGCAGUCUUAGCCGCUGUCAAGACGAUUGUUACUAACCGUGUACAAGUAGGUCGCCUUAAGUUGGCCCCUCUUGAUCUACUUUUCAGAAUGUCACCACUUGCUUUUAUUCAAUGCAUUAUCUAUGCUUACUUCACCGGUGAAUUACAGGACGUGAUGCAAUUUAGCUCACAAAACAUGACCGCCGAUUUGGCUUUUGGUUUAUUCUUCAAUGGUCUUAUCGCUUUUGGCUUGAACAUUGUCAGUUUCACAGCUAAUAAAAAGACAAGUGCUCUCACCAUGACAGUUGCCGGUAACGUCAAGCAAGUCUUGUCUAUUAUUUUGUCCGUCGUUAUUUUCGAUUACGCCGUUACUUUAAUGAACUCAUUUGGUAUCCUAUUGACUCUUGUUGGUGGUGCUUGGUAUGGGUAUGUAUUAUAA